UGAGACACCCAAAGCCCAAAACUCCCCAAUCCAAACAAAACCUUUGCCCCUUUCCUUAUCCUAUCUUCUUCUCUGCUCUAUCCCCCUCUUCCUUCUAUUAAAAUCCCUUCACAAGAUUUCCUCCCUUUUUAUCCCCAUAUUAUCCCCACCACAUCACUUCCUCUCCCUUUCUCAUUCCCUUCCAUUUUCUCCCUCCGCUCACCUCAGAACUUAACACUUCGGUUCAUGGCCCCCAAGUCUGGAAAGGGAAAGGGAAACAAAGCCAAGGCUGAGAAGAAGAAGAAGGAAGAGAAAGUUAUUCCCAGUGUUCUUGACAUCACAGUUGUCACUCCAUAUGAUACCCACGUUGUUCUCAAGGGCAUCUCGACGGACAAGAUUCUGGAUGUUAAGAGGCUGCUGGCUUCCAAUGUGCAAACUUGUCAUUUCACCAACUUCUCCUUGUCGCACGAGGUGAAAGGAGCAAAGCUGAGUGACAGGUUUGAGGUUGUUGCUCUAAAGCCAUGUUUGCUGAGAAUGGUUGAAGAGGACUAUGCGGAGGAGGCCCAAGCGGAGGCGCAUGUUCGAAGGCUACUCGACAUUGUCGCGUGCACCACGCGCUUCGGCAAGUCCAGAGGCAAACCGUCAACGCCCUCCGCCAACGACGCUCGCGCCAGGAAGCACAAGUCGCAGCUCAAUGCGGCGGAGGCCUGCCGGCCGGAAUCGCCGUCCGAUGGAGGAGCCGUACGGGCUCCAGAUUCUCCUUCUCCGGCCGUCUCGGAAGAGUACGACAUGCUGGCGAUCCAUCCCAUUCCGAAGCUUUCUGAUUUCUACGAGUUCCUGUCUUUGUCUCACCUCUCCCCGCCUAUAAUAAGUUUGAAGAGGUUUGAACUAAAGGAUGGCCAAUCGGAUCAAAAUGGCGACUAUUUUGAAAUGCAGAUUAAGAUAUGCAAUGGCAAGUUACUACAAGUGGUGGCUUCAAAAACUGGUUACUAUCCUUUGGGAAAGCCGUUUAUACGUGCCCAUUGUUUGGUUGAUCUUCUUCAACAGCUCAGCCAAGCAUUUGCUAAAGCAUAUGAAUCAUUGAUGAAUGCCUUUAUGGAUCAUAAUAAGUUUGGUAAUCUUCCGUAUGGUUUCCGCGCCAAUACGUGGCUUGUCCCCCCAACCCUUAUAGAUCUUGGAUCAAAUUUCAUUCCUCUUCCAGUUGAAGAUGAGAGCUGGGGUGGUAAUGGUGGAGGUCAGGGGAGAUAUGGAGAGCAUGAUCUUAGACCUUGGGCUUCAGAAUUCCAUAUACUUGCAAAUCUUCCUUGUAAAACUGAAGAAGAAAGGGUUGUUCGAGAUCGAAAGGCAUUUUUGCUGCAUAAUCUUUUUGUUGAUGUCUCAAUUUUCAAAGCUGUUUCAGCCAUACAAAAAGUCAUCAAUUCCUCAGAGGUAUCGACUCCAAAUUGUGUUUUGGAUUCAGUGUUAUAUGAGGAUCGUGUUGGACAUUUGUAUAUCACAGUGAAAAGGGAUGCCACAGAUGCUAGCCAUAAAGAAGUUAAAAUUAUUGGUACGAAAAGCUUCAAUGAAUCUGCUGAAGAGGUUGCCCAAAGAAAUUUACUUAAAGGGAUAACUGCAGAUGAAAGUGUAGUUGCACAUGAUAAAUUAUCACUAGGUAUGGUUACUGUAAGACACUGUGGUUACACUGCUAUUGUGAAAGUUAUGGGUGAUCUUGGGGAGGGAAGGAGUCUGUCACAAGAUAUUGUAAUUGAUGAUCAACCAGAUGGGGGAGCCAAUGCACUCAACAUUAACAGCUUGCGUUUUCUCCUCUUGAAGCCAAGCACACCUGAACAUAAAAUCGGCGACUAUGACACUUCUAGUUGUCUCAUCCGUGAAGUUACUAAAGAUAGUUUGAAAAAGUUGCAAGAGAAGCCUCCUGCAUUGAAAAGUUCCUUCAGAUGGGAGCUUGGGUCUUGCUGGGUGCAGCAUCUACAAAAGCAGGAGACAACAAAAAACAGUCCUAAGAAAGUUGAGAAUGAUGGUAAGGACGAGCUUGUAAUCAAAGGAUUAGGGAAGCAGUUUAAAAUGUUGAAAAAGAGGGAAAGAAAAUCUGGGAAUGGUAAUGUGACAGAUGUAAAUGAAGCCAUGAAUGACUCAGCCAGUUCUCCAAACAUGGAAUGUAUCUUAGCUGAACAACCCAAUGAUGAAUCCAGCUCAAAGGCGGAGUUGAGGAAAUAUAUUUCUGAAGAAGCAUAUCUCCGUCUCAAAGAGAGUGGAGCUGGUCUUCAUCUAAAGCCAGUAGAUGAGAUUAUCAAGAUGGCACAGAAGUAUUACGAUGAAAUUGCUCUCCCUAAGCUGGUGGCAGACUUUGCAUCAUUGGAACUUUCACCCGUUGAUGGUCGAACACUCACAGACUUCAUGCACCUAAGAGGAUUGCAAAUGCGUUCUCUGGGACGAGUGGUUGAGCUUGCUCAGAAGCUUCCUCAUAUACAGUCACUUUGUAUUCAUGAGAUGGUUACUCGAGCUUUUAAGUACAUUGUUAGAGCAGUUAUUGCUUCUACUAGUGAUGUGGCUAACUUACCAGCUGCAAUUGCCUCCACUCUGAAUUUCUUGCUUGGUUCCCAUACACCAGAGGAUAAUGAAGAGAAAUUGAGUGAUGACCAAAUUCUCAAGUUCCAAUGGUUAAGUGAAUUUCUUUUGAAAAGAUUUGGUUGGAAUCUGAAUGAUGAAUUCAAGCGCUUGAGAAAAUUGUCAAUUCUUCGUGGACUUUGUCACAAGGUUGGGAUAGAGUUGGUUCCCAGAGAUUAUGACAUGGAAAGUUCAAAUCCAUUUUGUGAAACUGAUGUCAUCAGUUUAGUGCCUUUGUGUAAACAUGUUGUAUGCUCUUCUGCUGAUGGUCGAACCUUACUGGAGUCCUCUAAGAUUGCUCUUGACAAAGGGAAGCUGGAAGAUGCCUUGAAUUUUGGAACAAAGGCUCUUACAAAAAUGAUUGCUGUUUGUGGCCCAUAUCAUCGUACAACUGCAAGUGCCUAUAGCCUACUGGCUGUUGUCCUUUAUCACACUGGAGACUUCAAUCAGGCAACUAUAUAUCAGCAGAAGGCAUUGGAUAUUAAUGAGAGGGAACUGGGGCUUGAUCAUCCAGACACAAUGAAAAGCUACGGUGAUCUUUCAGUGUUCUACUACCGUCUUCAACAUAUUGAAUUGGCCCUGAAAUAUGUCAAUCGAGCCCUGUUUCUGCUUCAUUUUACGUGUGGUCUAUCACAUCCAAACACAGCAGCUACCUACAUUAAUGUGGCUAUGAUGGAAGAGGGCAUGGGGAAUGCACAAAUUGCUCUUAGAUAUCUACAUGAGGCACUUAAAUGCAACAAGAAAUUACUUGGAGAUGAUCACAUUCAGACUGCUGCCAGUUAUCACGCCAUUGCCAUUGCUCUUUCAUUAAUGGAAGCAUAUUCGUUGAGUGUGCAACAUGAACAAACUACACUUCAAAUUCUUCAAGAUAAGCUUGGACCCGAGGAUCUCCGAACUCAGGAUGCUGCUGCCUGGCUUGAAUACUUUGAAUCAAAAGCAUUAGAGCAGCAAGAGGCUGCACGAUCUGGGACACCAAAACCAGAUGCUUCCAUAGCUAGCAAAGGGCAUCUCAGUGUAUCAGAUCUCCUUGAUUACAUAAAUCCGGAUAAGGAUAUAAAGGCUUUGGAUUUGCAACGUAAACGCCGUUCAAAGGUGUUUCCAGUUUCCGAGAAAUCUCAGAAAGGACCUCAUGAUGGGAUAAGCAACAAUUCUUUGACGGAAAACAAUAAAGAAAUUGGUGUGUCCAUGAAGGUCAUUGAGUAUGAGGAUAAGAAUGACAUUAUUACUUCUCAAGAAUCCAAGGAUCCUCCUAGUUCAAUGCAUCAUGAACUGGUUGUUGAGGCGGCUUUGCAGGAAACAAGCUCGGAUGAUGGGUGGCAAGAAGCAAAUUCAAAAGGACGCAAUGGUGGCACUGCCAAAAAGCACGCCAGAAAGCGACCAAAUCUUGCCAAGAUAAAAACAACUUCUGCUUAUUCUUUCUCAAGGGACCGAAUAUCUAGGAAAGAAGUGAUCUCUCAGGGGCACAACGGUACAUCUAAGACAGUUUCUUCUGAAUUCUCUUUGCCAAUGAAGACACUCAACUUGAAUUUUUCUGGUGAUUCAGAGAAUGUCUCUGCUAAAGUAGCAGUUCCUAAAGGUUUUUCUUCAUCAACUGUUAGUGUUCCCUCCCCUCCUGCCAAUCUCACAACUAUGGCCUCUAAGUCAUUGUCCUACAAAGAUGUAGCUGUGUCCCCACCAGGUACGGUUCUAAAGCCCUUACUGGAGAAAGUUGAAGAAUUAAACAAAGAUAAUUCUGAUUCUCAGAUCUCCAUUAGUCCUCCCGAGACACCACCCGAGACACCGGAAGAGGAUGGAAGGCACACAGUAACCUCGGACGAAUCUACUGCCAAUCUCGAUGAUAAGCCUGUCACUGAUGAAAGGAACACAGAAACUAUGCAGGACACAUGUGGCAAUAUUGAUGAUAAAGAAGUUCAUAAGAACGGAGGCAAUAUCGAGUCUGAAAGCUCAUUAAGUGAGCUAGACGAUGUUUCAUCCCCAAGUACUGAAGAAAAGCCUGUAGAGGCAAAUGGGAGUAAGCUUUCUGCAGCUGCUCCACCCUUCAACCCCGGUGCCUAUGCUGUCACCCAUUUGCUAAACCGUGCUGCUGUUGCUAGUGUCUAUGAUGAAAUGGCGAGGCAGGGGAUGGUUAUAGAAUUCCCAUCAAUUGCAGCAAGAGUUCCCUGUGGUCCUAGAUCUCCUAUGUACUACAGGUCUACCCAUCCCCGUGUGAAAAAUGGUUACUCAAAGUUCCAUACAUCAUCCGGUGAAGGAAAUGCCAGAACUAUGAACCCACACGCUCCUGAAUUUGUUCCGAGAAAGGCCUGGAAAAUCAAUUCCACCAAAGAAGAUUCCUCAGUCGCCCCAGCUCGUGAUUCCGUUGUGGAGAAGACCACGGAUGACGCUAAAAACAAGAAGUCAUCAAAAAGCACCUCGGAUGCCGAAAAGACAGAACUAGCAAGGCAGAUACUUCUUAGCUUCAUUGUGAAGUCGGUACAACAUAGUUCAGACACUCCAAUUGAAUCUCCAGUUACCGAGAAGAAGUCAGGGCUCCCAGCAAGCACAGCCGAAGCAAUUGCAAAUGAUAGUGCCAUUAUAAAGAUACAAUAUGGGAAUGAUGAAGGGAAGACGGGACUGUCAACCGAAGCAAAGAACAACGAGAGCUCAAAAAUGGGCGAUGUAAAUAGUAAUAACAAUGGGGGGGAUGGUGAAGGCUUUAUGGUUGUUACCAAGCGUAGAAGAAAUCGAUCAAAAAUCAGUAAUGGAAUCGGCGAAUUGUACAGUCAGCAAUCCAUUUGUGCUUCAGUACGCUGAAGGGAAGCUUUUGACAAUAAUAAGGUAUUUGUUCUUGGCUUGAUUGCAUAUGUUGAUGAGAGUUUUGAUUUUCUGCGAAUCGACAGUGUAGAAAAUGUUGAAGAGAAAUCAUAGGAGAUUCUCGGAUCAGCAAUAAACACAACGUUAAUAUAUAUUUUUUUCCAAAUUUUGUUGCCUGUGAAGCCAGGAUGUUCUUUUAUCUUAAAUAAUAAUUAGAACUUGGAUCCCCAUCAAUUACCAAUUUCUUAA